CCUGCGCACGGGGCCGGGGUCCCGCGCAGAGCCCCACCCCCCACCGAAUCGCCCUCCCAAGGAUGCCAAGCCUCCCCUCGGCACGUGCGGAAGACGCGCCCCCUCCUGGGAGGGAGCCCGUGGAACACAAUCCGGUCCCAGAACCGGGGACUGGAGAGCCGUCCGAGGCAGGCGGGGCGGGGCAGGCCCUCGGCCUCGCCCCGACCGGAGCCGACAGCCUGCGCUCCCGCCCCGCGCCGCCGGGGGCCGCUGUGGCGCUGCUGCUCCGCUCCGCGGCCUGGGGCUGGACGGAAGCGGCGUUCUGGCCUGCGCCUUAUAGGCCUUCCUUGUGUUUCCUGUUUCCUCUUUCACCGGGGACCCGCCGACAUGGGCCGCGUCCGCACCAAAACCGUGAAGAAGGCGGCCCGGGUCAUCAUUGAGAAGUACUACACGCGCCUGGGCAACGACUUCCACACCAACAAGCGCGUGUGCGAGGAGAUCGCCAUCAUCCCCAGCAAGAAGCUCCGCAACAAGAUCGCGGGCUAUGUCACACAUCUGAUGAAGCGGAUCCAGAGGGGCCCCGUGAGGGGCAUCUCCAUCAAGCUGCAGGAGGAGGAGAGAGAGCGGAGAGACAACUACGUGCCCGAGGUCUCGGCCCUGGACCAGGAGAUCAUUGAGGUGGACCCUGACACUAAGGAAAUGCUCAAGCUCCUGGACUUCGGCAGUCUGUCCAACCUGCAGGUCACUCAGCCUACUGUUGGGAUGAAUUUCAAAACACCACGUGGAGCCGUUUGAGUCUUCCGGCUGUGCUCUUUUCAAUAAACCUUGGACACCCUU